AAUUUAUGGAUAUUGUAGAAGAGGCCAACGGCAGUCCAUGGUAAUGUUUUGGGCUGCAGGCCUGCCAUGGUUGAGAGCACAGAGAAAGCGUUCUACACCACCAGUUAUUCUAUGAUUCUUCCAUGAAGUCACAUCCAAUUCCACUGUUGUCGAUAAUAUCAGUGUCGAUAUUGGGUUAUUGGUUUGUUGUUCUUCCCGCUUGAGCCUUGAGCUUUUGUUUAAUUCCUUGUACUGGGGGAGCAUAUUUUACGAUCCUUCACAGUUGUGCUGCUGUUUCAUUCAUGGGGACAGCUUCAACUGGUUACCCAUUUGGAAUCGCUGUCCAUUCGCAUGGAAACUCUGCGGUCUUGCCUCACAAAUUGGAAUUUUCGCGCUCUAAAUUCCCUCUCCAAGCUGAAUUUUCGAGAGCCAAUCCGCACUCCAGCUCUGUUUCCAGUAGUUCUGCUAAGUUACCAGUUCAUAAGAUCCAUUGUUUACCUGACAUUGAUAAUAUCUUCUGGGAUAAAGUUCCAACGCCCAUACUUGAUGUGAUUGAAAAUCCUAUCCAUUUGAAGAAUUUAUCUCCUAAGGAACUGAAACAAUUAGCCGAAGAAAUUCGUUCGGAGUUGUCUUCCUUUCUAUCGAACGUGCAAAAAUCUUAUAAAGCCAGUUUGGCAGUGGUGGAGCUGACUGUUGCCUUACACCAUGUUUUCCAUGCUCCGGUUGAUAAGAUAUUGUGGGAUGCAGGAGAAGAGACCUAUGCGCACAAGAUUCUUACUGGAAGACGACCUCUCAUGGGUACAUUGCGUAAAAAGAAUGGUCUUUCUGGGUCAACAUCUCGGUCCGAAAGUGAAUUUGAUCCGUUUGGUGCUGCACAUGGCUGCAACAGUGUAUCUGCUGGACUUGGCAUGGCAGUCGCUCGGGAUAUAAAAGGUAAGCGUGAAAGAAUAGUUACAGUAAUUAACAAUGGGUCAACUAUGGCGGGGCAAAUAUAUGAAGCAAUGAGUAAUGUGGGAUAUUUGGACUCAAAUAUGAUAGUGAUCUUAAAUGACAGUCGGCAUUCUUUACACCCAAAACUUGAUGAUGGCUCUAAGACAUCUGUCAAUGCUUUGUCUAGCACUCUCAGCAGGCUUCAGUCCAGCAAAUCCUUUCGAAAGUUUCGUGAAGCUGCUAAGGGUGUAACUAAAAAAAUUGGUAAAGGAAUGCAUGAAUUGGCUGCCAAGGUGGACCAAUAUGCUCGUGGCAUGAUGGGUCCAACGGGAUCUACCCUUUUUGAAGAGCUUGGACUGUAUUAUAUAGGCCCUGUUGAUGGCCACAAUAUGGAGGACCUCAUUUGUGUUUUACAAGAAGUCGCAUCACUUGAUUCAAUGGGUCCAGUUUUGGUACAUGUCAUAACUGAAGAAAACUAUGUAGAAGGGCGUCAGAGGGGUGUGGGCAAGCCACUGGGAGGUUUAUGUAACAUAGAUUCAUUGCUGCUAGGAACUGAUUCUCGAACGUAUAGUGAUUGCUUUGUGGAGGCUUUGAUUGUGGAGGCAGAGAAGGACAAAAACAUUGUGACAGUGCAUGCUGGGAUGCAGAUGGAGCCAUCGAUUCAACUGUUUCGGGAAAGAUUUCCCGAUAAGUUUUUUGAUGUGGGUAUGGCUGAGCAACAUGCAGUUACAUUUGCCGCAGGCUUAUCGUGUGGUGGAUUGAAGCCAUUUUGUGUAAUUCCUUCUGCUUUUCUACAGAGGGCGUAUGAUCAGGUGAUACAUGAUGUUGAUCGGCAGAGAAUUCCCGUACGUUUUGUAAUUACCAGUGCCGGGUUGGUAGGAUCUGAUGGUCCCAUACAAUGUGGUGCAUUCGAUAUAACAUACAUGUCAUGCUUGCCGAACAUGAUUGUAAUGGCUCCCGCAGAUGAGAAUGAGCUAGUGCACAUGGUGGCCACCGCGGCACACAUUGAUGAUCAACCAGUAUGCUUUCGGUAUCCAAGAGGCUCCAUUGUCACCACUGACAACCUUAUCCUUGAAGGGGUUCCCAUUGAAAUUGGAAAAGGGAGGGUUCUUGCUGAGGGUAAGGAUGUUGCUUUGCUUGGGUAUGGGGCAAUGGUUCAAAACUGCCUCAAUGCUCGGGCCCUUCUCUCAAGGUUCGGUGUCGAGGUUACAGUUGCCGAUGCAAGGUUCUGCAAGCCACUCGACAUAGCGCUUCUUCGCCAACUUUGUGAAAACCAUGCAUUUCUAAUCACAGUUGAGGAAGGUUCAAUUGGAGGCUUCGGAUCUCAUGUCGCACAAUUCAUUGCUCUCGAUGGACGGCUGGAUGGAAGAAUCAAGUGGCGGCCGAUAGCUCUACCGGACAAUUACAUAGAGCAGGCAUCACCACAAGAGCAGCUCUCCCUUGCCGGGUUGACUGGAAAUCACAUAGCUGCAACGGCAUUAAGCCUGCUCGGCCGCCCCCGUGAAGCGCUACUCAUGAUGUGUUAGGUUAGAUCUUCCAACUCUCUGUUUCUGUUGAAGCUGAAGAACUCUAACAGUUUGAAAUUCACAUUCACCUAACCAAAGAAGAUGGAAAUCAUCAGAGGUAGCAGCAUUUUAGAUAUCAAUUUGUUGUACAUACUGCACUUUCAAUGGUUUUCUUCCCUGUUUUUGUACCCAAUUCUGCCUCUCAUACAUUCACACAGAAAGGAAAGUUCUUCAAUUCUUUUUCCUUGCUGUUUUCAUCAUCUCAUUAUAAUGUAAAUGGAAAGUGAAACUUGUAUGUACAA